AGGCAACAUUUGCAAAAGCUACUAAUAAAUCUAUUGCUCUAUGCUUCUUAAGCAAUAGCAACUGUCUAAACUUUUAAAGGCACUUUGUUUUAAAUACUCGACUUCCAUGUUUUAAUUGUGCUAAGCCAAUUUCUAAUUGUAUUUGCAAAAGCUAAAGCACGACGGAGAGAGGGGGAGAAUGGUAUAAAUUUAAGAAUCCUUUGAACUCUCCUACACAUCGGACAGCAAGCAAAACAGUGUGCAAGGAAUUAACAGUCUUUUCCAGUCUUUGAUUAUCAGAAAAUGGCCCUUAAAACUCGCAGCUACUCCGUCGAUGGCAAGCGUGAAAUGACGAUCGAUGAGUUCAAAAGAUACUUGAAGAAAUUUGAUGAUGAUAAAGAUGGCAGGAUAAGCAGAGACGAGCUUGCAAAUGCUAUACGAGCAGCGGGAGGAUGGUUUGCUACGAGGAAGAGCAAGCAUGCAAUACGUUCCGUGGAUGCCAAUGGCAAUGGCUUCAUUGAUGACAAUGAGAAAAAACCUGGCGGAGUUUGCAGAGAAGCACUUGAACGUGAGAAUUUUGUAUUUCUGAAGUGUUAAUCUCGAGUCACAUCCCUUUAUCCAUUUCUCCUUGUUUGAUAUGCUCAUCCCUUUGUUCAAAUUGUUUAUCAGUAUGUGAGUUGCUUCCAUCUCCUUGGAGGCUUGGCA